CUUGGGAAGGUGAUCAUGUUCUUAUCGAAGUCUGACGAAGAAAUCAAUGUAAAUAGAAAACUAGCUAAGGAAUUGGUUGACAAAUGGAGCCGACCCAUAAUUAAUAAGAGUACACGGUUUGAGGACAUGAGAAAUGCUGAGGAUGACAGGAUUCCUUUCAGGAGGCCAACUGUUAAAAAGCCGGCAAAUAAAGCAGCAGGGAUGGAAUCCAGAGAUGGUGAUCUUGAUUUGGAAUUUUCACAGCCUAGGUCUGGACAGUCUUCUUCAAGGCAACAUGCAUCAAGGCCAGAAGCAACACCUUUGGAUUUUGAGAUCCGUCCCCAGUCUAAAAUUGAUGCAGAAGAAGUUAGAGCGUGAGCAAAAG